AGAUGGUAUAGACGGUAUUUGGAAGAGAAAAAAAAUGCCGUUAACAUGACCAGAACAUUAAUUUAACAACUUUAUUUUAUUUUAUUUUAAAAUCUUGAGAUUGGAACAGACGUGGCUGCAACAAGGCUGACCCUCACAGCAAGCUUUUUGUGCAGUUUUUAUGCAGAUUCAUACUGCACGAUGCUUACGCAUGAACAACUCCACUGUGUGCUGUAACUGGACCAAUAUCUACUCAUCUGUGAUCUACAUUCAGUGCUGGUUAAAAGAACACUCCUCUCACUUCACCACAUGGAAGCCACUCUCCCUGUCAGAGUUAUGAGGAACCCAUCUGUCUACUAUAAUUGGGCAGAUUUCUAUUGAUCUGUGACCAAAAGCUCAGUGAUGCCUGGAGGUGCUGUCUGUCCAGAAGCAGAGUGUACCACAGGGGAAGGUAGAGAUGAGGAGAUGGCAUCAUUAGGACAACAAAGGGGAGGAGUACAGCCGGAACACGUCAAGGGAGAGGAGACUGGCAUUUCAGGUGUAGAAGUGGAACAGGAUGAUGAAGAGAUCAUAAGCAGAUCACAUGACCUUUCUUCCUUAGCCAAUCACAGCCCUGGCAGUGACACAGGGUCUACCUCUAAGAGUGAGCAUACCAAUGAUGGAAAGCAGCAGGCCCAUAAAGAUGUGAUGGUAACAGUGGCUGAGAUGAAGAGACUUCCAUCAGACAAACGAAGUCGCAGUAAAGCUAGUACUGUGGAGGCAUUACAUUAUGCACUCAGCUGUGUUAAACAACUGCAAGCCAAUAGUGAAUACUACAAACUGUUGGUGCGGAAUGGGCAGGAUGAGCGGCGAGAUGCUACUGUUUGUACACUGGAGGAGUUGGAGAGAGUCACUUCUGAACAUGCACUUAAAAACACGGUAUUCUCAUGCAUACAUACAUGUACUUGAACUUCACUUUGGUGUUGUUUUUAAGAAAAUGUGAGUGUUUUAUGUGUCCUGUUUUGAUGGUGGGGGGGAGUAGUUAAUCCUCAUAUGAACUGUCUAAAUAAUGAAAACACUUGGAUAUAUGUUUGCAUGUGUACCUGUUGUCUUUUGUUUUUAACUCAAGAGUAGGCAUGUACACAAAUGUAUGAGUUACUGCAGUCACGUGUCUGUGACAUAUGUUGCUUGUGUGUA